AUGUUGGAGAGUCCACAAGAUGAGAGGGUCGUGAGAUGGGGAAACGAAGGCGACAGCUUUGUCGUGCUGGAGAACGAGAAGUUCACCAAGCACAUUCUACCAAAGCACUUCAAGCACAGCAAUUUCGCGAGUUUUGUGCGCCAGCUCAACAAAUACGACUUUCACAAAGUACGGCAUAACAAUGAAGAGGGAGGAACAUCGCCUUACGGGCCAGGAGCCUGGGAGUUUAAGCACCCCGAUUUCAAGGUGAACAACAAAGAUGCUUUGGAUAAUAUCCGGAGAAAAGCGCCGGCACCUCGAAAAGCAAAUAACAUGACCGACGACAUGCUCCCGACACAGCAAGUCGAUCUUAUUAACACCCAAUUGAUAGCGACACAACAACAGCUGCAGCAACUGCAGGAGAGAUACAACGAGCUCAGCAUGCAUCACUCCAUGCUGUUACAGGAAGUCAUUGGCGUGCAAAAAACCGUGGUCAAUCACGAACAUGUGAUGCAAUACGUCAUGAAUUUCCUGAACUCAGUCGACACGCAAAGGCGAAGAGAGAGUCGAAUUCUCAAUCCAAACCCAUUCGCGAAUGCAGCCGGAAACGACCAGGCCAAUGGGACGACCACGCCUGGAAACAACCAAACCACGCCAGUCCCACCGAUCGAAGAUGAUGCGCCGGCCUCGCCUUUACAACAUGCUGCUAAGCUUCUCAACGAGGUCAAUGCCGACCACAUGCUGAAUACCCGCAACCUGGAACAAAUGAACGAGGCCCAGAUGCGAAUGAAUGCUGCCCUCACAACACCACCACCAGACGUUGCCACUAGGAAUGGAACACGGUCCUCAAGUCGCGGUGCACAACCGCAUUCUGCAGCUUCCUCAAGCUCAGUGGGAUAUGACCUCGAUAAUAUGGUAUACCCGAUCGGCCAUACCCAGGGUAUUGAUCCUGCGUACAGCGAGCACAUUCACAACAUUCCUUAUCCAAUGCCUCCAAGAGCCCCAGAUGGAGCCAUCCCGCCGCCAGCGCCGCCAGAAAUACGGAAGAAGAGUACGCAGGUAGACCCAGGUUGGGUCCGUCAGCCGCAGAUUCUCCUUGUUGAGGAUGAUCAGACAUGCCGAAGGAUAGGCGGCAAAUUCCUUUUCGCUUUUCAUUGCUCUAUCGAUAGCGCUCUCGAUGGUCUUGAAGCUGUCAACAAGCUCAAUUCCGGAUCCAAGUACGAUCUUGUUCUCAUGGAUAUUAUUAUGCCCAAUCUCGAUGGAGUGUCAGCCACACAUCUUGUUCGACAGUUUGACAGCACAACGCCUAUCAUCGCCAUGACCUCUAACAUCCGCAGCGAUGAUAUCUCGAUGUAUUUCCAGCAUGGAAUGAACGACGUUUUACCAAAACCUUUCACGAAAGAAGGUUUGCUGGCCAUGCUUGAAAAGCAUUUGUCACAUCUCAAAAAGGGCGGCGCUGGAAUCGCUGACCCUAUGCCGCCGCCUUUGAAUUCUGCUAAGCGGAGCCUAAAGAGCGAAGAUUCUCCGGCGACCUCUCCAGCGACCGCCAGCAACUGGAACUCGCCUAGUCAGUUUCCCGGUGGAUCACCCUCGGGUAGUGCGCUAGCAGAAGAGCCUUUCAUACCGCCGCCAUAUGGACAAGCUCCCAUGGGGGCUCCGAUGUACGCACCUCCAGCUCCAGGACAGCUCGUGAUGCCACCCCGAAGAAAUAUAAACGACAUUUCCGGAGGUCCUGACAUGCAAGACGCAAAGCGCCAGCAAAUGUACGCGCAAGGACCGAUGGGCCAAAUGGCCCAACCUAUGCAACACAUUCCACGCCCUCCUCCACGAUAGCGACAUCGUGCUGGUCAGAGCGCUUAAUGCAUUUGUAAAUAUGUACAUAUACCCCGAGAGCAGAGGCGGAGUUUUUUUUCCCCCACGCGUUCAUGAAUGCGUGGGUGGUGCGUUUGGAUUAAUGCGCGGGUUGUCGCAUUUUUUUGUGUGUAUUUCUGCGAAUCUGGAAUGGUACUGGUACUGGAUCUCGAGUCGAUCUAGGUAAUGUGCUCAAAGGCGAGCUGCAAGGAAGUGAUCAAGAUGAAAUGAAGAUGGCGAAACAGUGGCUGUCUCGAGAUGUUGACGGUAGCGAGCAUAUCUGAGGUAGAUGCCUGAUGAAUCAAAGCUGUUUAUAUCGAG